AUGAUCUGCUCCUCUCACUCGACGUACACGACCUUACGCGAUGACCCGCAGGUGGAAGAGCAGUGCGCCCUACAAGUCAAUGAACGCUUCAGUCUCUGCCUCCGUGAAACGCCAAGUCUUGUGUACUUUCAAGCAACACGCCGCUCCAAUGAGUCACAUCCGUACAACGUGCAUUAUCGGCUCCGCGAGAACCUCACGAUCUAA